AUGAAGAAUAAUAGCUUACCAAGGAAUAUUUAUAAAUUUUAUAAUAUCAAUUUUUUGAAAAACCAUCAUUACUCAACAACUUCAACAAAAAAAGAAAAUGUUACGUCUUUAGGCAAAUAUUUAAAAGAUUCAAUAAAAAGAUCAGGACCGAUUACAAUUUCUAAAUAUAUGAAAGAGGCUUUGACCAAUCCGUUAGAAGGAUAUUAUACGAAAAAAGGUGAUGUUUUUGGUGUAAAGGGAGAUUUCACAACAUCACCUGAAAUAAGUCAAAUGUUUGGAGAGCUGAUAGGUAUUUGGUUCCUAACUCAAUGGAAAAGUCAAGGACAGCCUAAAAACAUACAAAUAGUUGAAUUAGGUCCGGGAAGAGGGACUUUGUUAGAUGAUAUACUUCGUGCUUUAUCAAAAUUUAAAGAAUGUUACAAUUCGAUAACUAGAGUUAAUCUAGUUGAAGUAAGUCAAGAAAUGCGUAAAAUUCAAUAUUCUAAACUUUGUGAGAAGGGAAACAAACAAGAUGAUAGAAUUGAAUUUAAUUGGUACAACUCAUUUGAAGAAAUUCCUGAUUUAUGGUCUAUGGUGAUAGCACAUGAAUUUUUUGAUGCAUUACCAAUUCAUAGGUUUGAAAAAACUGAUAAUUGUUGGAGAGAAUAUUUAGUAGAUGUUGAUGAAACUGAUUUCAGUGAAUACCACUUCAAAUUAAUAUUAUCUUCAGAGCCAACAGAUGCUUCCAAACAAUUAAAAACAAAUUUUUCGCUUUCCAAUUCUUCCUUCUGUCCUCGACCAUCUUCAUCUACAACAAAAUCAGCAUUGAAUUUUGAUAAAUUCAAAAUUGGCGAUAAAAUUGAAAUUUCACCUGAAUCGUUCAAAACCGCAAAGCAAAUAUCGAAAUACAUUGGUCAUAAUAAAGGCGGAGCUGCAUUGCUUAUCGAUUAUGGGCAGGAUUUUAUUCAAGGAGAUACUUUGAGAGCAAUUAGAAAUCAUAAAUUUAUAAAUCCAAUGAGUUCACCAGGUGAAGUCGAUCUAAGCGUAGAUGUAAAUUUUCAAUAUUUAAAAGAAGCAAUUGCUAUCGAUAACUUGGUUAAUUGUUAUGGACCAAUUCCUCAAUCAAAAUUUUUAUUAUCACUUGGAAUAAGCUUAAGAUUAAUGGUAUUGCUAAGAAAUCCUAAUGUUUCCAAAGAUCCAAUUUUGAAAAAUGAAUUAUUACAAUCAUACAAAAGGCUUGUUGAUCCUUUAUCAAUGGGUAACAUUUAUAAGGCAUUGGCAAUCACACCUAAAAGUUUAUCAGAAAAACCUUUUGGUUUUUAA